GAGGGAUCUUCUCAGUCCAUAUUAUCUACAUACCUGCAUUGUGAUGCACCAGCAACCAGAACCCCAUUCCAUGGCUACAGACAGUGUCUACGUUCUCUUCUACUUAUUGGCCUUCCUAUGCAUUCAACUGAUAAAACCCAACGUCUGCGACGGAGCUCUAACCUCAGGCUGCAUCCCUGCCGAAAGAAGUGCUCUACUUGAGUUCAAACGAGGCCUGAAAGAUCCUACCAACAGGCUGUCCUCUUGGGUGGGUGAAGACUGCUGCAAAUGGGAGGGUGUGACUUGCAGCAAUCAUACUGGGCAUGUCGUCAAGCUGGACCUCCACAAUCCGCCUCCUUUAUCUUAUGUUGGUGGCGAGGCAUACAACAACUGGACCUUAGGAGGUGAGUUGAGGCCUUCUUUACUUGGUCUGAAGCACCUAAAGUACCUGGACCUAAGCAUGAACAAUUUUGGAGGCAUUAGUAUUCCAGAAUUCAUGGGGUCAUUCCAUAAUCUCCAAUAUCUUAUCCUCUCCAGUGCUGGAUUGGGUGGACUCCUACCUCACCAGCUGGGAAAUCUCUCCAAUCUGCAGUAUCUAGACUUAUACAAUGACAUUUUUGUGGCUCCGGUCCAUGAAUUUAGCAUUGGUGAUGCACUCUGGAUUUCUCACCUUUCUUCUCUAAAGCAUCUCAACCUGAACAGUGUUAACUUUCAAAAUGGUACUCACUGGCUGGAAGCUCUGAACAUGCUUCCUUCUAUCGUGGAGAUAUACUUAUCUGACUGUGCAAUUCAAAGUGUUCCCCUCUCUCUUCCACAUGUGAACUUUACAUCACUGUCUGUUCUUGAUUUGUCGGAUAAUCUCAUUAACUCUACGAUGCCCUCUUGGUUAUCCAACAUAAGUGGCCUUGAGCACCUUGAUCUCAGUUACAACAACCUUCAGGGUAAUAUUCCACCGACCUUUGGUAACUUGGCUUCCCUCGAGGAACUUAAUUUUAAUAACAAUUCUCUUCAAGGAGGAAUACCCACUUCCUUCAAAAAUCUGUGCAGGCUGCAGAAUUUAAUAUUGAGAGCCAUCAAUAUCAGCAAAGAUUUGUUAGAACUCGAUGAAAUUUUCUCUGGUUGCAUCAAGAUGAGCUUAGAGAGCCUGGACUUAUCCGAAACGAAUAUUCGUGGGCAGCUGCCUGAAUGGUUAUUCCAACUCAGGAAGCUUAAAUCACUCCAGUUGGAGCAGAAUCUGAUUUCUGGUCCUAUUCCUGUAUCAAUUGGACAACUAGCAUCACUCCAAGAGCUCUAUCUUGGGGUAAAUCAGUUGAACGAAACAAUACCAGAAAGUGUCUGGUGGCUAUCUCAGCUAGUCGUUUUGGACCUUGGGCACAACAAUUUGGAGGGUGUAAUGUCUGAGGCGCAUUUUGGAAACCUCACAGAAUUGAAAUACUUAAUUUUGUCGUCCUACUCCUUGGCUCUGAAGGUCAAGAGCAAUUGGAUUCCUCCCUUCCUGCUUGAAUUCCUUUGGAUGGGCUCUUGCAAACUGGGUCCUGAGUUCCCUGCAUGGCUCCAGUCGCAAAUAAAUAUUUUCGAAAUUGAUAUGUCUAAUGCUAGUAUUAUUGAUGCUAUGCCAAACUGGUUUUGGAGCUUAAUUUCCACAGCAGGAUCCGUGAGUAUCUCCGGCAAUCAGAUCAGUGGCCACGUACCAAAUUUAUUGCAUUUAAACAACCUCAUCGAGUUGGAUUUAAGUUCAAACUACUUCGAGGGUCCUCUUCCGUAUUUUCCUCCUGGAUUGGAAUUAUUAGAUCUGUCAAAUAAUUCAUUCUCGGGAACAAUUUCACUUGACAUCAUCAUGAAUAUGCCUGACCUCCUAUAUUUAUCAUUUUCAGAAAACAAUUUAAGUGGUGAAAUUCCCUUCUCUGUAUGCCAACUGCAGGCCUUAUGGGUUCUUGAUCUUUCAAAAAAUAUGUUGUCAGGAGAGAUCCCCAAUUGUUGGAAUAAUUCUUCCAGUAUCAAAGAUAUGGAUUUUUCAAGCAACAACAUAUCUGGAGUUAUUCCGGAGACAAUAUGUUCCAUAGAAUCGCUUCUGUCAUUGCACUUGGGCAGUAAUAGUUUAUCUGGAGAGUUGCCUUUGUCAUUCAAAGGUUGUACGAAAUUAGUCCUUCUUGAUGCUGGACAUAAUGAUUUGAAAGGUGAAAUUACAACUUGGAUUGGUGAAAGUUUAACUAGUCUGAGGUUCCUCAAUCUACGAUCAAAUAUGUUGGACGGAGAUAUUCCUCCAAAUCUUUCAAAAUUAAGUGCUCUCGAAUUUAUCGACCUUGCAGAUAAUAAGCUGUCGGGAAGUAUUCCAAGGAGCUUUGGAAAUUUUACUGCCAUGAAAGUUAAUGGAAAGUUUUCAAGUAGGAUGACAGAUGCAACAAGUUACAAGGUGCAGAUGCUAGUAACAACUAAAGGACGAACUCAAGACUAUGACAAGUCACUUUCGCUUAUGAAUAUUUUGGACCUCUCGGAUAAUAACUUAUUUGGAGAAGUACUCGAAGAACUCACAAGCCUUUCUGGCUUAUUCAGUUUAAAUUUAUCUGGAAAUCAUUUCACAGGAGAAAUCAUUGAAAAUAUCAGUAAAUUACAACAGUUGGAGUCCCUUGACUUAUCAAGGAACAACUUUUCUGGCACAAUUCCUUCUGGCCUCGCUGCCCUGACUUAUUUGGCUCACUUGAACCUGUCAUACAACAACUUAUCAGGGGAAAUUCCUCUUGGUAAUCAACUUCUGACCUUCACUGAUCCAUCUAUCUAUACUGGCAAUCCUGGUCUUUGUGGGUUUCCUUUGAAUCAAAGUUGCAAAGACAGUGAGACAACACAAGGUCAAAGUAAUCCAGAUGAUAGAGAUGAGAACGAGAUGAUAUGGUUCUACACGAGCAUGGCACCAGGAUUUGUUGUUGGUUUCUGGACAGUCUGGGGUACCUUAAUACUUAACAAGAAUUGGAACCUUUACUACUUCCGAUUUAUAGACAACAUGCUUGACAAAGUAUAUGUGUUUACCGUACUGAAAGUUUCUACGAUCAGAAAACAUUGUUGUUCCCAACAAGGAUGAUAAAUUUGAACAUCAAUAUCUGCUGUAUGAGAGUUCAUCUCAUUAGUAUCAUAUCAUCAGCUUGAAUAAAAUUUAAUACUUCUAGACUUGUAUACAAGUAAGUCAUGCACUCUCAAUUUUGAUCAUUUCUGUCAAGAUCUCAGUACCAUAUGAAGUGUUCUAAUUUUGGGGAUUGCCAAAAAGCUUGCACCUUUUAAUUUGUUUUUCCAAAAUAGACACCCCUUUUUUAAUUGUUCAGUUUGGCAGAAAUGAAAGAAGGUUAAAACUUUUAUGAAGAUAUAGAUAGAAUUUAUGGUAUUAUUUUCUUCCCUUUUCUUUAGAUGUCCAAAUCAGAAGUUAAAAAGAUCCUCUUUUUUUUAUUUUCUCAGUUAUAUAGUAUCUGCUUUCAUCCUCUAUUUUCCCAAGUUUAUGGUAUCUACUUUCAUCAAAUGCAUUUGCAUGUCUUCUUCUUCCCAAGCAUUACACGUCAAAACUGACACAAUUGCAAUCACAAGCUCUGCUGUAAAAGAUUUGGCCAUCUUAUUCGAUUAAUUUGACUCUUAAUGAACUUAUGCAUAGGUGUUUUAUAUCAUACAUUACUCUUGUUUAUGAUCUACUCAUGUAAUGCUCCUCUCGUUUGAGAUUCUUGUCUUAAUCAAUCAAAUACAAAUUGGAUGCAUCAUAAGCUCAAGUCCACCAGAUGUGCAGCUGCAUGAUCUUCUUGGAUCUCAUGCUCAGAUCUUUUCAGUUGAUGAGUCUCCCAUUAAUGGGGGACAUGCUGCUGCAGCUGAUGGAAUUGGGUCGAAGAGGCUCUCACAUGCAUGUCAAUGUGACAAGGAUGAUCUGUGCACGCAAGAAUGAUCCAUUUAUGGCCACCUUCAAAAUUCAUGUGAGAUGUCAUAUGCUUUGUUGUUGUUGUUGCUCUUGUUGAAAAGGUAUGGCAUAAGAAGACUAUUAAUAUGGUUUUGAGUGUCAAACAGUUGUCUUUUCUUUCAUUUUGGUGUUGUUUUGUGAACGAUCAGCGCCAAUCAAAGGCCAAGUUCAAAUGGGGCCCCUCUUUUUGCUGUUUGCAUUACCCAAUAAAUAAAAACCCCAAUAGAAAAGCGUCAAUCAUACGCAGCACUCAAUUACCAAGCCGGUGGCCUCUGCAUAUUCUAUCCCUUUUCUACUGCUGCUGCUCGUUUUCUCUUCCGCGUCGCUUCUUCGCCUUUUCUAGAUCUCCGGAUUCGCGCCUGAUAUGUCUUCCUCCAAGCCCGCCGGAUCCAUCCAUGACUUCACCGUCAAGGUUGGUGGCCCACGGGGUUUAUGUUUUCUAUCGUCAUCGUGUGCUCCGUUUCCUUGUCUUCUUAGUGUGCUGAUGGUGGCUCCUUUCAAAGAUCGAUUUCUUAGUCUGAGUCGGCUGUUCGAUUUGGAGGACUGCUCGAAAGAUGGGAUUUUGACAAGGGAUUGGUUGUUUUUAUCGUUGGUUUUGUUUUAAUUUGUCAUCCGGAGUCGGCAAGGAGGUUUAUUUUUGAAGAUCCACUGCCCUGUAGUUGUGGAUUUCUUGUGAUUAGGUCUUUCUUUGUGAUUGUUCUUGGUUCUAGGGAUGGAUCGAGUUUACCGUGGUUGUCGAUUCUUGGAAUCUUAUGUGAUUAUAUGCAACAUGAUGUAGUUUUUGAUGGUCAAUGGUUUCUUGUUCGGAACGAGUUCUUGAAGCUAAUGAAGUGUAUUUUCCUUCAUCGUUCUCGACUUAAUCCUUUGUUUUCUGUCAAGUCAAAUGAGAUAUGUACAGAUCAAUUAGCCCCCAGAUUGGACAACUAUCAUCGUAUUGUAUCUGCUGAUGUGCUGAUGCCUCGAGUGUCAGGAGUUUCUGUUGUUUGUGGGGGAAGAAAACUUUUUGUCUGCGAGUGUGGGUGGUGAUGAUUGAUGAUGAUGAUCAUGUGUUGUAUGGCUUCCGAUGCAGGAUGCCAGGGGAAAUGAUGUGGAUCUUAGCAUUUACAAAGGGAAGGUCUUGCUGAUUGUCAAUGUUGCAUCUCAAUGG